CGAUAGAAACUAGGCAUGAACACGUCGUUGUGAGGUGAUGGAGAAGUGUCACUGCUAUCAAUCUAGCGUGUGCCGAAUGCUCGUUCCAGAGAUAUUUCUACUUGUUGGUAAUGUAUGUCUGUGGCUGGGUGAAACUGAAAAUCAGUGAUAUAUGCAACAACUGUUCAGUGCGUUGCGUCGUUUGUUGUGUGGAGGGUGUUGCAACAAAGCACGAGCAUUUUUGUUUCCGAGAUGGCCAGUUUGAGAAUUAAUGGCCAGUUGUCUGAAGAUCAUACCGCAUUUUUCAUGUGUGAUGUACAGGAAAAAUUUAGAGGUGUCAUUGCAUAUUACGACGCGGUUAUCAGCGUGGCUGAUAAAAUGGUGAAAACAGCAAAAAUAUUGAAUAUACCUUUGAUAGUGACUGAGCAGUACCCAAAGGGCUUGGGACGCACUGUAUCUGAGCUAGAUAUCAGCCAUGCAUAUCUUGUGGAAGAAAAAACGAAAUUCAGUAUGAUAACUCCAGUAGUUACUCAGGCUAUGCAGGAAAUUUGCAGAGGAGCUGUGAAAGCUAUUGUACUUUUUGGCGUGGAGGCUCAUGUUUGUGUGGAACAGACUGCAGCAGAGUUACUAGCCCAUGGUAUGCAGGUGCAUGUUGUCGCUGACUGUACAUCGUCACGGUCACAAGAAGAUCGUUUCCUGGCUCUUCAUAGAAUGAGUCAGAUGGGUUGUUACAUCACCACCAGUGAAACAGUUAUAUUCAAAUUGCUUGGUGAUAAGAACCACCCUAAGUUUGCUGAAAUAAGGCCAUUGAUCAAAACUCCAUCACCACCAACAGGAUUGGUUAAUUACUCUAAAAUGUGUAACUAAUAUAUCUACUGAAGGGGCACUACUGCUUUUUAUUAAAUUCUUGUCAUGUGUGGAUUCCAGAAAUAUUUGGGUAGAGGGAAAUCAGUAAAAAAUUAUGGAACAAGUUGAUGUUCUUGUACUUGGUGAGAAUACAUUGAUGCAUGCAAUUUGAUUAUCUGUUGUUAUUUAACAAGAUUGUGCUGUGAUAAUUGUAACAUAAUUGGUAUCUUCAGUAAAAAACACCUAAUUCAACUCAUUUACAGGGAGGGUAAGGACAUGAUCACAUAGAAGAAAAGAAAAAGCA